GGGACGAAAGGUGUAAUGCUAAACCAGGACAACAGGGGGCGUCGUGUGAAUUCAGUUCCUCUUCAUAGUGACACUCAGCCGGAUGCUCCUUUUGUCCAGCGGAUGCAGAAAAUUCAAGAUGGAGGUGGACGGGAUCGACCAUAUGGAGAUGGGCGACAGUAAAGGCGGCUCAGGUCUCCGGCAAUACUACUUGUCAAAGAUAGAAGAGUUACAGCUGACGGUCAAUGAUAAAAGCCAGAAUCUCAGACGUCUGCAGGCACAGAGGAAUGAGCUCAAUGCCAAAGUACGUCUCCUUCGGGAGGAGCUGCAGCUGCUGCAGGAGCAGGGAUCCUACGUAGGUGAAGUCGUUCGGGUGAUGGACAAAAAGAAAGUGCUUGUCAAGGUGCAUCCAGAAGGAAAAUUCGUUGUGGAUGUGGACAAGAACAUUGACAUCAAUGAUGUGACUCCCAAUUGCCGCGUGGCUCUGCGUAACGACAGCUACACCCUGCACAAGAUCCUGCCCAACAAGGUGGACCCUCUGGUGUCCCUCAUGAUGGUGGAGAAAGUGCCGGACUCCACCUACGAAAUGAUUGGUGGCCUGGAUAAGCAGAUCAAAGAAAUCAAGGAAGUUAUUGAGCUGCCUGUCAAGCACCCAGAGCUGUUUGAGGCUUUAGGCAUUGCUCAGCCCAAGGGUGUGCUGUUGUACGGCCCCCCAGGUACUGGAAAGACCCUGCUGGCCAGAGCCGUGGCCCACCACACCGACUGUACCUUCAUCAGGGUGUCCGGCUCUGAGCUGGUCCAGAAGUUCAUCGGAGAAGGUGCCCGUAUGGUGCGCGAGCUGUUCGUCAUGGCCAGAGAGCACGCCCCCUCCAUCAUCUUCAUGGACGAGAUCGACUCCAUCGGCUCGUCUCGGCUGGAGGGCGGCUCAGGUGGUGACAGCGAGGUGCAGAGGACAAUGUUAGAGCUUCUCAAUCAGCUGGACGGCUUUGAGGCAACUAAGAACAUUAAGGUCAUUAUGGCCACCAACCGUAUUGACAUCCUGGACUCGGCUCUGCUCAGACCAGGCAGAAUCGACAGGAAGAUCGAGUUCCCCCCUCCCAAUGAAGAGGCCCGUCUGGACAUCCUGAAGAUCCACUCGAGGAAGAUGAACCUGACCCGUGGCAUUAACCUGAGGAAGAUCGCAGAACUGAUGCCUGGAGCCUCUGGUGCUGAGGUUAAGGGUGUUUGCACAGAGGCGGGUAUGUACGCUCUGAGAGAGAGGAGAGUUCACGUCACCCAGGAGGACUUUGAGAUGGCUGUGGCAAAGGUGAUGCAGAAAGACAGUGAGAAGAACAUGUCGAUCAAGAAACUGUGGAAGUAAAGGGCCUUCUGUAGUUCUUGCACACGACGCAACAACACAUGUAUAUUUUUCUUCUUUUUCGUUUAUGGUUUGUAAUUGUUGAGUCAUUCUAAAGUAAAUGGUUUCCCCAAAUAA